AUGCGCCGCAUCUCGGCGCAGCACGGCUUCCUUGCGUCGGAGUUUCCGGGCGUCUUCCAUGGGUUCCAACAGCAGGAGAUCCUGGUGUGCCCUAAACCCCGGAGGGCAACGGCCUCCCUGCCUGAAUUUCUUUGCCCCCUUGCCUAUAGUCACAGGUAUAACCGCGGCCCCUUCAAUUUCUGCCCAUCUGUUGUUGUGCAUUUGGUGGUGGAUAUUCUCAUUGCCCUUUCGUCAAAUCGAAAACUAGAAUACCUAAUCAUGCGAGAAGGAUUGACCACCUAUGUCUCGUAUUCCACAUCAUCACGCACCAUGUCAACGGCUUCCCUUUCCUAGGGAAAAUAACAUUGUGUAUGAACUAUCUAAUCCCUAUCAAGAGGUUGAGAUAGUUUUUUUUCUUAUCCAUCUUCUCCUUCAUCCUCAAGAAAUGCUCUACCAGGAGCAUUUUCUAUUCUAUAUUAGCGGUUCCUUUGAACAGUCAAAUUCAGAAGCAAGUUAGAAUGUGGAACAGACAACAAGGUCCUCUGCAGGUAUGGCUGUAAGGGUCUCUCCAUGGACAGAGACCUUGAACCACAAAAUAAAUCUGGAAUAUUUUCAAUAAACUCGGUUUUGGGACGUUCUCAAAUAUGUGGUGUGAUUGAUGGAGAAGCUAAUUGUUUGGUUUCUACAAACAUUUAUUAUUCCACAUCAGGUUUUGCUUUAUCUUCAGCCUUAGCGUUAGUUAUACAUGCAAAAAGAAGACAAGAGUUCACAUGUUCUAGAACUCAACUCCAAAGAAGACUAGAGAUUCUGUUAUUCUGGGAGAUCAUGGGGCAGGGAUUCUAAUGAACCCCCUCAUAUCUUACUACAACUAUACCUUAUUCUCUCGCGGCCUAUAUCUUGUUUGUUCAUAAAUAUAAUAUUCCUUAAUGGGAAUGCAUUUAGGAAUUCUGCAGAAGCUCCAGUUGCCAAGCCCAGGAGUCUUUCCAGCAUCCUUGGUAAGAUAAACAAUGUGCAAGACGACCUGUUUGGCUUCCCACUACAAUGCACGGUUGCAUGGAAUGCACAAUGGGUUUUUGCAUCAGAAAGACAUAAUUACUAGGUCUGCAUCAUUCCCUCGUACAGACAAACCAACUAAAAAACAUAACAUCAGCAGUGCCAACUUCUUUAAAGCGCUCUAGAAGCUCAACACAAAUAACAAUCAUAUCGUAUUCCUUUGCUUUCACAAAAUUUUACAGAGUGAAUAUUCCAUGAUUAGUUUAGAUGCUAAAUGUUUUACUUUCAAUCUAAAUAUUCCAGCUGUACCCGCGGCAGCAAUGUUCUGGACCUGAUAUCAGGCAAGGUUAGAACUCCGACACUGUGAUCUUGUGCAAAAUUCUCCUUCCGUCAUAUUGCCAUUCAACUUUCUUUUCACUAGCCGAAAAUAUCAACCCCACUUUUCAUCCUCUAUAUUUCUGUAGCACAACUCCAGAUUCGUGUGGCAUGUCAUCGAUAAAAGACAUUUGGAUACAUUUGAUGGAUAUAAGGGAAUAUCUUCCAUCUGCGUAUUUAUUAAUAAAAAGGCAUGAUUAUGAAUAACCGAAAAUAUUAGGUAA